UUAGUGGUACACGCCUCCUCGAAAGGACGCCGAGAUGCUUUUUGGUUGUUAGGCUGGACCUACAAAACAACGACAGUGUAGUUAUGUCUUCGGCCAAGGAAGACACGUUAUCCCCAGACGAGCUGAGGAAAAGACUCUAUCAAACGUUUAAAAGUAAAGGAGUCCUUGAUACACUGAAAACACAGCUGCGGAAUCAGCUCAUCCAGGAGUUGAAACACCCACAUUUGACUGGAGGAGAACCAGUCCCACGAACAAUUCCUGGGAGAUCUGAACCCCUUUUGGUGUCGGCAUGCAACAGCAUAGUGUAUGAUCACCUCUGCUCCUCGGGAUAUGAGUACACCCUCUCUGUAUUCUGUCCUGAAAGCGGCCUAUAUAAAGACAAGGUUUUAACAACCGGAGACCUUCUUCAGCUUCUUAAAAUCAGUCCUGAAUCAGCACUUUACAGAUCUCUGUCUUCAAACAAAGAAAACAAUGAUAAAGGGUUCCUGAUCAGCCUUCUAGCACAGCUUACACACCAUUAUACACACAGCAUUGGUCACGAUGCUGACACCCAGACAACCAGCAAAGCAAGUUAUGGAGACUCUCUGGUUGAGAAGAUGAAAAUGAUUGAUAAGGAGUACGAGAGCUUAAAUUACAGUGGAGAGAAAUGGUUUACACUGGAAUCAAAACUGUCUGCCCAUAGAAAAGAAAUUGAAGCACAGCUGCAAGCAGAAAUGAAGACAAAAAUGCAACAUUUUAAAGAUGUUGAAAUUGCCACGGUGAGGAUGGAAGAAAAAGCAAAGUUUCAUAAAGAAUUUGACAAGCUGAAGCAAGAUCUGGAGAGGACUUAUGAGAUGAAGGCAAAGGCGUUGAUGGAACGAGAGAAAAAUGCCAUUGAUCGAUUACAAAAGCAACAAGAGUUUGAAGAAAAAAAUAUGUACAUGCAGAGACAGUCGGUCCUGAAAGAAAUCGAUACAGUGCGAAACAGAGAGAAUGAGCUGAGGAUGAGAAUGGAGGCUUUUGAAAAGACUUGUCAAAUGCAUGAGGAGAAAGUCAAGACCACUGAAGAUCUGCUGAGGAGGAGAGAACUGACUGUGAAGACCACGGAGGACACAUACGACCACAGACUGAAAAAUGAACUUUCCAGGUACCAGCUUGAACUCAGAGAUGAAUUCAUCAAGAGAACAGAACAUUUAACCGAGAAUGAGAACAGAAACAAAGUGGAAACGGUUCGCAUCCAAAAGGAGUCUGCUGAAAUGAAUGGAAAAUUAGAGGAGCACAGCAGAGCAUGUUCUGAGCUGAGACGGCUGCAGGAUGAGUUAGACACAGCACAGCAGCAGAUGUCUCUGUUGACUCAACAGAAGGAGAUUUCAAGGGAGAGACUGGAGACCAUGAGUGACUACCCCAGCAUGAAGAGAGAGAACGCAGAGCUGCAGGGCGAGCUGAGGCUGCUGAAGAAACAGCUGGAGGAGACCCAGGAGGAGAACCGGCUGCUCCAUGUAGAUUUGGGCAAGCCAUCCAGAGAGCAGCUGACUUUGCAGACGGACCUACGGAGGCUGCAGAGCACUCACAGACUGGAUGAGGAAGAGUUUGACAACCAGAAACAGGUGCUGCAGGCACAGCUCCAGAGCGAGGUGGAGAGAUGCGCUCAGCUUAAGGCUCAGUUGAUUCAGAGUGAGGAGCGAUCCCAUUGGAUGACUAACCACAUCGAGGAAAUUAAGAUGCAGCUUCGCCAAACUCAACAAGCUCUUGAAAAUGAAGUGCUGCGUAACCCCAAGCCCUCUCUUGUUGAUCGCUCAGUUCUGGAUCUCAGCACUGACACGCUGGUUCCCCCUGACAUCUACACGGACAGAGCUCUGCUGAGGGCCAGGGUGGGUUAUGGUGAUGUCUGUGAAGCAGGUGGGCCCUUCAGAGGACACAAGCCGCCCUGGAGUGACGCUCCAGACUCCGACAUGGAGCUGGUGGCUAAGGCCAAGGCUCGGAUCCAGGAGCUGCAGAAGGAGGCCGAGACCUUGGAGGAAGCUUACAGGAACUACCAGCAGAGGGCGGUGCGCUCCACCAUAUCACACAUGCUUCCCCCAAGACCUCUUUCCCCUCAACGAGCACAUCCUUCACAUCGUCCUGACAGUCCUCUAAGAAAACAAGUCUCCCACACACACUCUGCCCACAAAUCACACAGACCAGUGUCUUCACAAACUACCAGAACCCCCUCCUCGGCCCCCUAUGAAACCAGAAACACCGUACCAGCCGCACAGCCACGAGUCACCUUCACAGCAGAAAAAAACCCACCCCAGUCCACAGUUUUCACUGACCACAGUCUGCAUUCAUUGACUGAAUCUCAGUUUCUAAGAGAUGGUCAGCCGCAGAAUGGAAGCAGCUCUCCAUCCAGACGUCUGUCCUCCACACCGCACUCUUCCUCCAGGAAACCGCUUCAGAGAGAGAGUGCAGAAGAAAGAGUCGUGUCUCCACUGCCGUUCCCGGAUUUGUCUUUUGACAGACAGUUCCCCCCGCACGACGAGGUGGCGACCUCAGGUGACUUUCCCUCUGAGCUCAGUCCACCUCGCAGCCCCCAGCUCAGAAGCACAGCACGAGACCAGGCCAGCCCACCAAAUCUGCAGCCCGUGUUCUCCAGCUCGGAGUCUUCCCCACAGCCCGAGAGAUUGAGCCUAGAAGAUCUCACAGGGAUUUUGUCAGAGCCCGGCCACAUUCCAGAGCUUCUCCUGGACACUGCCGUCCCUCUCUCUGAGGAGGCCCCUGACAGCCCCGCUGGCCCCCGCCCACAGGACCUCCCAGAACACCCGAUAGACAUGCAGGGCCAGGCGGAAGUCCUGCAGGCCUCACGUCAGUCUGCUAUGGAAGAGGACGAGGAGCAGAGGUGGGAAAGAGAGCGAAAAGAAAGACUAGAACAAAGGCAAAGGCAGCAAGAGGAGGCCAGAGAGCGGGAGCUGCAAGAACUGGAAAGACUGGAGAAACAGACGCUUUUGCUGGAGCUGGAGCAACAAGGACGGGAAGAAGAAGAAGAAGAAGAAGAAGAAACUGGGGCUACAAAAGGAGAUGAAGAGCUGAAGCAAGAGGCAACCAAUGACAGGGAGGAGUCUAAAGGUGAAAAUCCCUUGGAGAAAUACAUGAAGAUGGUCCUGGAAGCCAGAGGGAAUCAGCAGGCCCAGAGCCCGGGAAGAGAAGAAGCCGGACAUACGAGCCCAGGGGCCAAGAGUUUGUCUGAAGGGAAAGAUGACAGCGUUGCAGCAUAUUCACACAAGGAUGAAGAGGAUGAUUUCUGGUGAGCUGCUGCCAUCAUAAACAGAUGAAUUAUACAAACGUAAUGUUUUGUUUUUAAGAUGUUGCCUUUCUAUGUAUAUACUUGUAUAUUUGAUGUUAUAUUCACUCCAUAUGUUUUUAAUAAAUCACAUUUCAUCACCCUU